ACAAUACAACAAGAAGUGGCUCCAGUGAUAUUCCCUGAGGCAGCAAGUUCUUGCUCUAAUGGAAACUGUUCUUCAAUCUCUUUCUCUACCUACUAUUCCGAAGUCUCCCUCUUACUCUGCCUCUCCAUUAGCAACCCUCUUCCAUUCUAAUGCAUCUUCAGUAGCUUCUAGUUCUGCAACUCGUAAUUUUCCAAAAGGCUUUCUCUCAUGUCGUCCUAUCAAAGCAAAGGACAAGAGCAGCCUGGGAGCGAUAUAUGCUUCACAAGAUGAAAACCCUCCUGCCGAAGCUGCAGAAAGAUGGCUUCUUGUUCCUGUUGGAGAUGGUGAUUCGAGGCACAUAGGCUUCAAGGUUGAGAUGCCAGGUGCAUAUGAAAUUGCUUCUAGUGAUGUGACUGUUGGCCGUGUUCCAGAGAAAGCUGAUUUGGUGAUUCCAGUUGCAACAGUUUCUGGUGUGCAUGCACGCAUUCAGAAGAAAGGAGGGAAUCUUCUGGUCACUGAUUUGGAUAGCACCAAUGGAACGUUCGUUGAUGACAAGAAGCUGAGACCCGGAGUGGUUGCCACUGUGUCUUCUGGGAGCUGCCUUAUAUUUGGAGAUACCCAUUUGGCUAUGUUUCGCGUAUCGAAGGUUGAGAGUGAAGAGACUGAAGGCAAAGCAGAAGAUGAAGAAGAAGCUCAAGUGAACUCUGAUACCGAACUGGAGACCGAGAAUGCUGAGUCAAGCUAAGCUUCCAUAGUUUCUUUGGUAAUUAUUGAUGUAUAGUUAAAUUAAUGAACUGUUAAUGAAAUUAUUUUGUUCUGUUUUGAAGUCCUAUGAAUAUUUGCGAAUUAUAUUAAGCUGAGAGAGCUCUCUUUGUUUUCUGCGUUGAAAAAACACUGCAAAUUUGAUUGAUUGUCGUUGCUGUGCUUUAUUGAGCUUUCGCUUUCAGUGCUUUUAUUUCAAAUAAUAAUAAAUAACUGCUCAAUUAUUAGCACAAUAGAUUUUGUAAGAUAUCCAAAGCAAUAAUAUCAUGUAUAAUGCCUUUAUUGUAGUUCA